CAGGGAUCAAUCAUAUGAUUCCCCAUGUCCUUUCGUUCCGCAUUUGCCGACUACAGGAAAAAAGUAAAAAGUGACAGACAAAUCAUAUGAAGAAGUUGGCCGACGAUCAAGCUUACAUCAAACCAGAUGCCAAGCAGAGAUAACAAUACAUUGGCCAAUACCUCAGUAACGCGCCCAAAAGAUCAUCCCCAGGUGCAUAAGGCAUGCAUGUGGCCAACAACAAUAUGCAUGAAAUAUCUAUGUAUGAAAUCAAUUUUAUUGAGGGCAAGUAGAAACGAGGCGAAGCAAUUAACAUGUAGUCCUUGCAACAAUUCCAUAGACAGAUAUUCGCCUGUAAGAUGCCCUGCCCAAAGUCCUCGAUGCACCCCAGCCAGCCAGUCAAAUGCUCGAAAAUGCGAUGCGCUGCUUUACUUUGCUUUUUUCCCAGCCACCCAGUUAAAAUUACAAGUGCAAGUUGCAGAUCGCUUUUACUCAGCAAUAAUGAAAAGAUACGGUAUUUCCCCCCAUCUAUCCCUUUUCAGACAAAAUAAAACAACAACGUACGGUGUAUCAAUCGAAGGAAAAUAUGACACGGAGGUAGAGCACACAAGGCUCUGCAUGAAAGCUCAUGACAUGAAUGAGUUUAGGCCAGGGAAAGAUCCAAUCGCAUGUCACAAUCCUAGGUAGGUAAUGAUAAACGGCAGUCAAUAUGGGAAGGCGC